GCUCCGUGCGCCGCAGCCUCGCCCGGGUCACGUGACGUGGGCAGACAGUCCAGCGCGGCUUCAUUUCUGUGGACGCCUCGAACGCUCCAUGUGGCCGGGACGUGCGUGAGAGCAUCGGCAUGGAAAUGUUGAAGAUCGAGCAGGUUAUCGUUGGGGGCGAGAAGAGAUCCACUCAGGCGGAGAUCAAGCCGGGGCCCGUGGUCCCUCCUCUGCAGUCCUAUCAGCAUGAGAGCCUGCAGUGUUUCCAGUGCUUCAUCACCUUCUCUGACUUCAAAGCCAAGGAGAGACACAUGAGGAAGAGCCACCGGGACAUGUACAAGAUGCAGCUGCAGCAGUCCAAUACGCUCUUUACUUGUUACAAGUGUGACAAGUCCUUCUCCUCCUCCGAGGAGCUCAGCCUGCACCAGACUUCCCACGACACAGGAGAGAAGCCCUUCCUCUGCACUUACUGUCAGAAAACCUUCUAUACUUUCACUGAGCUGAACAAACACAAACGACGCGAAUGCAUAGAACGACGGUGUCCGUGCAGCGACUGUGGUGCCUUGUUCCCUAGUCCUUCUCGACUUCGCAACCAUCGCGUUUCUGUGCACCCCCAAUGCCCAGUGGUGGCUGAUGACGUCAACACCUACCAGUGCUGUAAAUGUGGUCAUGGUUUCCCGACAGAAGAAAAGCUUCUGCAGCACCAGGAGAAAUUUGCUAAUGAUCUAAACUGUGACAUUAAGGUGCAAGGUAAAAAACGUGGCCGUAAACCCAGGGACACAACUCAAGGAUCCGACGGCAAGAAGAUCAAACAAGAAAAGGAAGCAGAUGACUCUCCGACAGAGGGGUGCUACUCCAACGAGCUGCAACCAGAGCUCAAGAUCCCUUGUCCCGAAGCAAAUUGUGACCUCAUAUUUCCUUCUGUUGCAGCCCUGAGGGCACACAAGAAGGAGGGCCAUGGGCCUCCUCUUCGCAAGACUCACGAAGGAACAGAGUGUGACGAGAGUGACACUCAACCACACAUGACUAGGGCUCAGCGCUCUGGACACACCUGCCCCACCUGUGGAAAGAGCUUUGCACGAGAGAGUGCCCUAAAGGUCCACCAGAACACCCACACCGAGGGCGAGAACGCAACAGAAAAAAGAUAAUAUACAUGGAGAAAAGACUGCAACCUGAUCCUACAACACUCAGUUAAAUGAUUGUCAGAAUAUUUCUUACAAUAUUCUUGACAGUAGGAAGAAGAAUUUUAUGUGAAUCUUUCACGUGGGAGAUUUUUUAAAACAAGGUUGUACAACACGGAGGCUGUUUCUGGAACCAAAUUUUUCACUUGCUUUUAGAGAGACAUACCACACUUGUCAUUAAAACUAUGUACAUGUUAUGUCUACUCUGAAAUAUCACAUGGCCUUGCUUUCGAAUUCCUUGCUCAUUCUCCCUCAAAUAUGGAAAUAUUUUAAUUGUGAAACUGGUAAGUGACAACUACAGGGAAGAUGUAAAGAAAAUCCUAAACAUAAUGAAAUGGGCUCGUGUAUAGGGAUUCUGCAUUAUGAGACCUAAAUUAUGUAAUCUCUGAGCCUUUCUUUUCUUCCCAGAAGUAAAUAAUUGUUGCAUUAAACAAUGUGACAUUUCUGAGGA